AUGCAAGAUUAUGAGGUAAGUGGUGUUGAUCAAUCUGAUGACCCACUUGUACAUUUUGCUCUAUUCUCAGAUUGUGAUCCUGUUACUUUCCAAGAUGCUGUUAAAGAUCAAAAAUGGCAGAAAGCCAUGGAUGAAGAAAUUGCAGCUAUUGAGAAAAACCACACUUGGGAAUUGACAGAUCUUCCUAAAGGACAAAAGUCAAUUCGUAUGGAUGUAAAAUCUGCGUUCCUACACGGUGAUUUGCAAGAGCAAGUAUAUGUUGAUCAGCCUCUGGGGUAUGUGCAACAAGGGAAUGUAAAAAAGAUUUUAAUUGUGUGUUUAUAUGUGGAUGAUAUAAUCUACACUGGAAACAAUAGUGCUAUGUUUGAUGAUUUCAAGCAAUCAAUGAUGAUUGAGUUUGAAAUGUUUGAUCUUGGACUGAUGCACUACUUUCUUGGCAUUGAAGUAGCACAAACUUCUGCUGGAAUCUUUAUUUCACAGAAGAAAUAUGUUCGAGAAAUGCUAGACAAGUUUCAAAUGGCGAAUUGUAAUUCAGUUACUACACCAGUUGAACAUGGUUUUAAGCUAAUCAAAGACCAUGAAGGAAGGAAAGUAGACAACACUCUUUACAAGCAAAUCGUCGGAAGUCUUAUGUAUUUGACUACAACCAGGCCAGACAUUAUGCACGCAGUAAGCCUUAUCAGCAGAUACAUGGAAAAUCCUACGCAGUUGCAUCUUCUUGCUGCCAAAAGAAUUUUUAGAUACUUGGUUGGGACGAUUAAUUUUGGUAUUCUUUAUAGAAAGGAAGGAAAUUUUGGGUUACUUGGCUUCACUGAUAGUGACUAUGCAGGUGAUCCAGAUGAUAGAAGAAGCACCUCAGGUUAUGUCUUUAUGAUGGGCUCAUGUGUUGUUUCUUGGUCAUCAAAGAAACAACAAAUUGUUACUUUGUCCAUUACCGAAGCAGAGUUUGUUGCUGCUGCGUCGUGUGCUUGUCAAGCAAUUUGGUUGAGGAGACUACUUGAAGAAUUACAUUAUCAUCAACAAGGUCCCACUCCAGUGUAUUGUGAUAGUAGUUCAGAAAUCAAACUGUCAAAAAAUCCUGUUCUACAUGGGAGAAGCAAACAUAUUGAUGUACGAUAUCAUUUCUUACGGGAUCUCACAAAGGAUGAAACCAUUGAUCUGAUCUACUGCAGAAGUGAAGAUCAUGUUGCUGAUAUUCUAACCAAACCCCUCAAAUUGGCCAUUUUCGUGAAGCUGCAGAGAUUGCUUGGUGUUUGUUCAAUGGAGAAUACAAUUUGA